AUUCCCUAGUACUUCUCUCUGUCUUUCACCUACGUAAGGGUCUUGUUGAAAAUGAGCAGCGAAGAUCAACAUAUAGAUGAAAAUUUAAUGGCGAAAGCCACCAAAGCAGCUGAGGAUCUCUACCAUUUGCGAGAUACGUAUUUCCCGGCCAACCAACAAGAGAAAAUCUCCAAGUUGCAAACUGAAGCAGAUCUUGCUCUUGAGCUCCUCAAUUGCAUUCCCUCAGCUCAAAGGAAAUCUCCUACACAACGUGCAACCUAUGAGUUUUUAAGAGGAAAAAUACUAGAUGUAUUACCUGAUUACCGGAAAGAAGCAGAAGAUCAUCUUUCAAAAGCUGUUAAGUUGAAUCCAUCUCUUGCAGAUGCUUGGCUUUGCUUAGGCAAUUGCAUUUGGAAGAAGGGAGACCUUCUUUCUGCAAAGAAUUGUUUUUCUCUAGCUCUAAAGAAGGGUCCAAACAAGAAGAUACUUUGUCAGUUGUCAAUGCUUGAGAGGAGCUUGGCUCAAGGCUCUGAGAAUCAGGCAGAAGUUGUCGAACAAAGUAUUGAGCAUGCAAAGGAAGCUAUCACCUUGGAUAUAAAGGAUGGAAAUUCAUGGUAUAAUUUAGGAAAUGCAUGCCUCACAAGUUUUUUUGUCACUGGAUCAUGGGAACAUAAAAAACUUGUACAGUCUUUGAAAGCUUACCAGAAUGCUGAGAAAGAUGAGCGGAUGAAAAAUAAUCCAGAUCUACAUUUCAAUUGUGCCACUGUUAACAAAUAUCUAGAAAAUUACGAGCGUGCACUUAGUGGAUUUGAAGCUGCUGCAUUGAAGGAUCCUGGCCUCAAUGCUAAUGAGGAGGUAAAGAAGAUAGUCCACCUUCUUGACAAAAUUGAGGCUUCCUUCAAGGAACAUGCUAGGGCUAAGCGAUUUGCAUCUGUAACCUUAUCACUGCAUGGGGUAAAGUUGAACUCUUCACACAAGAAAGCCACUUUAAGUGUCCUCGAGGAAGGGUCAAAUAAAGCAGUAGAGGUUGUGGGGAAAGUGUUUCUCUUGAUUAAAUAUAACAAUGUAGCUCCCUUAUACUAUUUAGCAUGCGAUUCAGAGCAGACUUGUUUCAUCCUCUCGGUGUAUGGGCUGCGUGCUGAUGUGAUCAAGGAGGGGGAUCUGCUGACACUGGUAGAACCUUACUUCCGUGAAAUUGAUUUUUAUUGGAAGGCACGGCGUGGAACUGGUUUCUACAUUGUGGCAAUUUCGGGAGCUAGAUAGAAAUGUUGCUACUGCUUCCAGACAAUGCUAGUAGUGCACAAUGAGCUCAUUUUUCCAAACUGGGGUCAUUUUGCAAACUCCUCUUCCCCCCUGUCAUUCCACCGCUCUGAUUAUCUUUCUUCCCUGUGCUAAACGAAAUUGGUGUCUGGUUACUGUUUCUGUAUACGAAAGAGGAAUCAUGAUUUAGAGGGGUGGGGGUAUAUGCCUUACCACCCCUUGUAAGAAACCAAGCUAUAUUAUAAGAGAACUGGAAAUGUAAGUGUGGACCAAACCAAUGAACAAUUGCCGAAAAUACCACAUUCUGUAUCAAGCUGCUUUUCAGAUGUGAAAUUUGCAUGAGUUGCUAUGUUUGUAAAGUUUCAACAUGACAAUGCCGAUCAAUGUCUUUAGUUUAUCCAACCAUAUAGGUGGCUGAUUGAUUUUUAUUUAUAAGUCAAAACUCAUAGCUAGUAAUAUGCUUUGGGUUUCUCUUACUGUAAUUUAUAUACAAAGAUGGUCUAGAUUUGUGUAAGGUCAAAUCUGAUCCAUACGAACUAUGUUUUGGGGAUUAUAUCUUCUCUUGAUAUAUUUUUUUACUGAUGAUUAUUUCUCA